UCUCAACAAAAUAGACAAAGUUAUCAGCUUUUAAUAGCAUUUAGAAACAAAUCUAUUUUUUAAAAGAGUAGAUAAAGUUGUUGAUUUUGUUUCAGAAAUACUCGUAGUUGUUAGUGCAAUGAGCUCUCAGUGUAGUUGUUGUUUUUGCUGAUGUUUUGUGAAUGUGGAAACCCUCCUCACAAAAUGCAUUACAUUUGUAAAGAAAUCUAGUCAUGUUUUCCUAUUUUGUGAUAAAUGUUCUCUAGCACUUAGCAGCUGUAUUGGUUAUAUUCUGUAGAUUUACUCUGUUGCAUUUAAAGUGUGUUGUGAGUUUUCCGAUAUCUUAGUUGAAUUCAUAAUCACUUGCUUUUAGUAGAGUUGAAUUACUGUUGCAUUUGAGGCCACUGGUACUCUCAAUGUUGAAUAUAUUUAGAAGUCUAUUUGUUGCCUUUAUGGAGGUUUAUUUAUUCCAUCUAAAGGUAUGUUUGUUGCAUUUAAAAGUUUAUGUUUGUUGCAUUUUGUGGUCAGCUAUAAUAUUCUAAUGUUCAAGGAAUUAAGAAAUGAUCGUUAAGUCUAAGCAGAGCGCAAAAUUCCAUGGUCACACUAUUUACAUGUUAGCUCAGUUUUGAGGAAGUCUCAAGAGGUGUGUGAAAACAGUUCCAUUUACAGUGGAUCUCUCUUAGCGAACACCUCUCUAUUAAGGACACUCUAUUAAGGACACUAGUUUUGGACCAACAUUGGUUGUUUCCAUUCAAUUUGACCUCUCGAGGGUGUCCUUGAUAUAGAGGUUCUGCUGUAUGUGUAACUUCUUUUUAGAACCUUCUCAUUUAGCCACGCCCAAUUGUUUCUUCUCAAAGAGAGCCCAAAGGAAAUGUCAGUUACAGUACAUGUUCAUAUAUAUCAUUGGUUAUUUAUAGACUCCUUCUUCUGUCCUUUUGACAAUAUCAACCAAGUAUUUCAGUCACACAGUGAGUGCCAUAGUAGUGGUUUUCCAUUACUCAUCCUAUUUAAUUAUUGCGUACUACUGACCUUUUCAUCCAGAGUGAAAAGAGCAGGUCUGGAUAAUGUCAAACAGAAUUAUUAACGACCUUCAAUAUUGUUUGAAAAGUAUUUCAAUUAGUUCAACAUCUUUAAUUUUUUUUCAAAUGGCAGAAGUCACUGUAUAAUGAACCUUUGUUGCAGGAUGCAGUAUCGGAAAUAUUACAACUACGUUAUAUUUAUUGUGCCUUCUUAAAACUAAUGUUGACAACCCCUAGUGCCUUGUUUUUCGGUUUGCUUCAAUAGAAUGCCUUAUAUUCUGUGUUAUUUACCUUUUGUGUCUUAAUAUAUCUUACCACACCUCGUAGAACUCUCCUGUUUUGAGACAGGAAUUUCUUUAGGGUGGGAGUGUGUUCUCUUCAUAACAAAGACCUCCCAUCCUUGAUAUUUUGCAUUCACAUCGAGAAAGUGUUCUAAUUGCUCCACAAUUUUAAGUUCUAGCCAUAAUGGUGGUACCUAUGGCCAACCCUUUGACAGGAGGAACAAGACCUUUAAACAUAGCAUGUAAUUGAAACAGACUACAUUAUUCAUUGUGAACUCCAUACGAACCACAAACGUCCCUCACUUCAUCCCGUUUAUCAGACAAUUUAUUGUACCAGGACAGCUCAAUCAUUGUUAUGAAACAAAAAAGACCAAUUUUAUGCACGAUAUAGUCGACAGCUUUCAUUUUUGAAUACAAUGGCAUUUAGUGCACCACGUGAUGUGUUGGUUGUCAGGAGUAUGAGAUCAGUGUAUAUUUAUUACCUCUCAUCGUUAGUGCAGCUGGUCAGUUUGCUUGGGGUGGGCUGAUAGUUGGUGCUGCAGUAACGCUAGAGAACACUUUUCUGUGAGAAAACUUGGACAUUAUUGAGAUUUCCCAAAGUUAAUGCAGAGCUGAAAUAGUCGUGGCACAUCUAUAAAUUUCAUAAAUAAGGGAUAAACAUUUGAUAAAAUGGGUCUUUGUAAAAGGAAAUCAUCUCCUCCAGUGGAAAUCACACGAGCGGACGAUGGUAAAAUUCGUCUUAAACGAGAAAUAGGACUCAUUCAUGGUGUCAGUAUCAUUAUUGGCGUCAUCGUUGGAUCUGGUAUCUUUGUAUCGCCAGUUGGAGUACUUUCACAUGUCCAUAGUGUAGGGCUAUCCAUGGUUUUAUGGACAGUUUGUGGUGUGUUCAGCGCUUUAGGAGCAAUCUGCUAUGCUGAACUUGGCACAACUAUCCCACGAUCGGGUGGAGAAUACAUUUACAUUUUAGAAGCCUUUGGUGGAUUACCGGCAUUCAUGUGCCUGUGGAUUAAUUUCAUCUGUAUAGGUGCUGUGGCAAAUGCGGCAAACUCUCUCAUCUUUGCAACGUAUAUCCUGAAGCCAUUGUUUCCAGAGUGUGAUCCCCCUGAGAUUGCAUUACAGCUUGUUGCCACAGUUUCGAUCACCUUUCUGACGGCCAUCAACUGUUUCAAUGUCAAAUGGGCUGCCAAGAUGGCCAUUGUCUUCACUGUGGCCAAACUUGCCGCGCUAGCUCUUGUCAUAGUCGUGGGAUUCAUUUAUAUGGGAAAAGGACGUACCCAGUAUCUGACCAACACUUUCGAGGGCAGCAACUAUUCAGUCGGACCAUUUGCCUUGGCGUUUUAUUCUGGAUUUUGGGCGUAUGCUGGUUGGAAUUACUUGAACUUCCUCAUUGAUGAACUCCAAAAUCCCAAGAGGAAUCUGCCUCUGGCUAUUAUCAUAUCCCUUGGGACGGUAACCGUCACCUAUCUCCUGGCGAACGUCUGCUACCUGACCGUGCUCUCUCCAGCAGAAAUGUUAGAAUCUAGUGCCGUAGCUGUGUUAUUUGCUGACCGAACGUUGGGCGUGAUGGCGUGGAUCAUGCCUGUAUUUGUGGCGUGUUCCGUGUUCGGAACAAUGAACAGUGAGAUGUUGUCCAUGUCCAGGGUAUUUCAUACCGGAGCGAUAGAAGGUCAUCUCCCAAGCAUCAUGGCGAUGAUCAACUACAAAUGGUUGACUCCAGCACCCGCUGUGAUAGUCUUGGCGAUCUUCACGCUGCUGUUCUUGAUCUCGAACGAUAUCUUCUACCUCAUCGAGCUCACCGGAUUCUGUUAUACCAUGCUCAUAUGCGCCGCCAUCGGUUGCUUGUUGUAUCUGCGGUGGAAACGACCCGACAUGGUCCGCCCGAUAAAGUUGCCACUGGCAAUCCCGAUCUUCCUGUUUUUUUGGACCCUGUUCAUUGUGUUCCUGACGAUCUACCAACAACCGAUGGAGAGUUUGAUUGGCAUCGGUAUAUUCCUGUCCGGUAUACCGGUCUAUCUACUUGGAGUCACCUGGUCUAAGAAACCCAAGGCUUUCACUAACCUCACAGAUAAAGUGACAAUAGUGUUCCAGAAGAUCUUCAUGGUCGUCUACCCAGACAAGGAAAUUGUCGAUUAAUAAGGCGGCCAUCUGACGACAUAUCGGCCUUCGCUGAUUUCAUCCCAUCCUUCAUCCUUCGAGAACCCUUAUUUAUCAAUUCUGGAUGCAAUUCUCUGCAUUUGAAGUGUAGCACCGUAGCUCCUUGAUAAGAAAUAAGAACACUUCACAUUUCAUGUGAAUCAUUGUGGUGUUUUGUCAAUUGCUACAUUUGUUUGUAAAUUUUGUCAUCAUUUACAGUUUAAUGAGUAUGUGUAACCUUAAAGGAAAUUACUAGGUCUGCUCCAUUUACUUUAAGAAUCUCGAAGAGUACUAUGAGACUCGCUCCACAUUUCUGUGUCAGCUGUACCACCACAACCCUCCCCGUUGAAUAUUGUUUUAUGAAUAACUGCGAGGGCCUGAUAGCCCCGUCUAUAUGUACUCUGGCCUCAAUAUGUAAAGAUUUUGACUGUUGUAUUGUAUUGCGUGUUUUACAAGGGUUAAAAUGUUCUUCCAUCUAACUUCUACAUGUGAAUCAUUUACGUGCAGAUUUUGUCUUAUGUUUCUCGAGUAUUUUCAUCAGCAUUGUCAUGGUCAUUCUUGAGCAUUUGUGGUGCUGCUUGCUCAAGGCUUGUGUGUUGUUUGGAGCUCUUGAAAACAAUUGUGUCAUUCAUUCAUCCAUUGAUAUUUUGCCAAAUUGUGGUAUGCCAUCGUUGUCUGAUGGGUGUACCAAUUAUGGGGGCAGAGUAUUGUGUCUUGAUACCGACAAAAUUGCUUUUUGCAAAUCGGGAUGGGCAAUUUUUCAUAGUGGGAUGUCAGGACUGGUAUGUUACUUUCCUUCCUGACCAUAAAAGAAAAAUAAAUUGUCAUUAGUUCUUAAAUGUUGCUAUUGCUGGUAUAAAAUGAAGUUUGAUCUGAGUGGUAGAUGUUUGUAGGGUUGAUAUGCUUAAGUAGUGGUUUAAACGUAGACUUUCGUGGCGUGCUGUGCGCAAGAAGAAGCUGACAGUGUAUGGAUACCCAACCUGUUGGCUCAGUUUUGCUUUAUGACGAAUUGAACUAGGAUGAAAUCUAUCAAAAGGACCUAGAACAAUUUUAGUGGGGUCCUCAGGAUGAGAGAUUAUUUUGAUUUGUCAAAUCUUUCAACAUAUUCCUGGUGGCCUUGCUAGUUUUCGUUUUGGGCUCUUGAUGAAAAAAUGUCAAUGCAAUUUUGUAACAGUAAAUAUUUGUUGUAGGACUGUUGGGUAUAUCGGGAUUUGUCCAGCUUUUGAAUGCGUUAGUGCAAAAAUUUUUCUUGCUUGCAUUAAGCUGUAUGUCCUUGGAAUUUGCACCUUGCCAGAGCUAGAUUAUUGAAAUGUGAAGCUGCAAGUGAAUUUGAAAAUUAGGUCAAACCAAAUUGAGUAAAACUGAAAUAAUUCAUUUGUUGAUACAGAAUGUUUCUGAUAUAUAACCUAACCUGGUUUGUUAGGGUAUUUGGUGAUUGAUGUACAUCUUAUAAUUGCUUGGCGUGAGAAGUUUUGCUUUGUAUAUAAUUGUAGAUAGGCAUGUUGUUACUCAUCAUUAAUCUGCUGGGCUUUCCAACAUCUCCUGGCAUGCAAAUCAGCUCAUUGCUGAAGGUCUCCUGUUCAGAGAUAAUGCCAUGAAAAUUUGGUGUCCCUGCAACAGCCUGGCGGGUUCAUCUUGCUACCCCAACGGGCUGCUUUCAGUACCGGCAGUUGGAAAGCCCAGAAUCUGCCGUUGUAUUUCUUUUUUGUUUGACUAUAUCUUACCCAGCAUCGUAUUUCUGUCUUGCACAUGAAAACAAAAUGACUUCAGGUGAAAUAAAAAGUCGUACUAAAAUACAGAAAUGCAAUUUACAGUAAUUGACAAUUAUUUGCAACUGAAUCGGAUGCUGGAGAGCAAUGGCUUUAUUAAACCAACCCCCUUCAAUUUCAUUAUGGACUUGCUCUCCAAUUUUUUGGGAGUAGUCCAUAUUGUUAAUUGAGGGGGUGCCGUGGUUAUGGGGAGAGUUUAUUAAAUUUUUAGCCUAGUCAAUAUUGCUAGCUUGGUGAUGAGCAUUGACAGUUAGAUUGCUAUUGCUAUCUUUGACCUCUAUAUAUUGUGGCAUUUAAAAAUGUAAUGAGGGCCAUGUUUUUGAAAGCAUAAUUUUAUCUUUCAGUUUAUAUCAUGAUUUAAAUGGCUGUUUUACCCAUAACGUAACAAUCCUUAUGAGCUAUGCAAUGACUUUCAUCAUGAAAUAGAAUAUUAAGAAUGGAUUUAAAAAGUAAAAAAGAGUAAAACAUCAUUUGAAUUACCAAGAGUUUGUUGUAUGGUUUUGAGUAAGAAAGUUAAGCCUCCUGUUCUAAUCAAAUAACGUAGUGAUUAUUUGCUCAACUAGAUAUCUGCAAUCUAAAAUCUGCCUCGAUCAAAAGCAAAAUGUCUCGGGAUGUUUAUACCUGGCACUGGUGAAAGUUAGAUGUGUCCUAUAUAUUGGAUGUGAUUCUAAGAAGUGCUGACCCGGCCUUAUUUCGAGACACCCCUCCUUUGAAUAGUCUAUAUGUAGGUGAAUAUCUGUUGUGGUGGUCGUAUGGAGGUAGUUUUCUUGUUCCUUUCCAUGAUGCAAACUCAUCAGAACUUUACACAGCGCAAUAUCAAUCUUCAUCAGAGGCUGUUGUAAAACUCUGUUUUUUAUCUUCAAGUUGUGAGGGGAAACUUAACUUUACUAGAAGUUUCUCCAAUUCAUUAACAGAGCAAUUUCACAGUCUGGUCCAUGAACAGAGAGGUUGCACACCGUCCCAACUCCCACUGCCACACUAAAUUUAACCAAACUGGGAGUGUGAGAAAACCCCAUUGUGUUCGUCCCACAAGUGCACACUUUAAAAGGUAAUCACCUCGGAGUGGGGUGGGAGUCGGGACGAAGCACAACCUCUGUAAUAAGAUCUCAAAUAGUUUUUUCUGUCUAGUAAGCUGCAGUGAGUGGUAGUCUUGACUCUUCCAAAAACUUUUCAGUGGUGAACUACUUGAAUAAAUGAAAGAAAAAUGAAUAGUUAUGCCCGUUUCAUCCAAGGUUAUUGAAAAAUAAACCAUACAAAGCAAAAUGAGAGCUGUUGGUUCAUGGUAAAAUAUUUUUAACACUAUGAUACGAGUUCUUGGAAGGGGUUUGUAUUUGUUUUCCAUUGCAGCAGGCAUUUUCCUUGUGUGUUUGCCAGUAAAUAAUAUUCCAAUAAACUAUAACCCUUUAUGUUA